ACACAAUGGAACCUUCAACUUUAGACAAAAUGAAAAUGGGUGCUUUGAUGGGUGGCACUGUUGGUCUCUGCGUAGGUUUUGUAUUCGGUGGAAUCACUAUUUUGCGUUUUGGAGGAGGACGAAAAGGUGCUCUGUCUACUUUAAGUCAAUAUAUGCUUGGCUCUGCUGCUUCCUUUGGUUUUUUCAUGUCUAUUGGCUCAGUCAUUCGUUCCGAAGGUGCAAAAAAGGCAAUCAAUUGGCAACAAUCUCAUAGACUUCCUGUCAUCAUCAAUCAACCUCAAGAAGCCAAACAUUUGGAUUAAAGAACGCCCACUACAUAUGUCUCUACAUUCAAUACAAUGCCUCUUGUAAAAAUCAUCAUAGAAUUAUCAUUAUGUUUAUCCCAGUUUAGUAGUUUAGUGAUUAUUGAUUUAGUACGUAUAUUAUAUCCUUCCUAUCUUCCUUUUCUUCUUUUUGUCUUGUUAUUAUGAUAAUAAUAAAAACUCUGACUUUGCCUUAGAUAUUAUUGGAAUCAA